UAUUGUUGCUUUCACGAUAUUUAAAAUUUAGUAUAUUUCCGAUUUCAUCCAACGGAAAUUUCAUUUUACAAGUGUAUUUUUAUAUACACAAUACAGUAUCAAAAGUAAGGUUUUGAUAUUAUGCCAACGAUAUAUUUAAAAUACAAAUUAAUUUACAUUGUCUAAGGAAGAUGGGCCGGAAUAAGUGGAAAAGUGGAAAAGCAAAGUUAAAACGUCAUUCAUCACUGGAUGACUUAAGACCGUAUAGAUUGCCGAUCGAUCGUAAUCAAAUUCGUGAAGAACAUGUUAUCGAUUGCCCUCAAAAUGGGCAUGAAUACCUUUACAUGGCCAAGAAAAUUGAUAACAAUUUGCCUCCGGUAAUGACUGCAACAAACAAGGAAUUUCAACAAUUUGUUAACAAAUCCCAUAACAAUGCACGUGAUUAUAUUGUUCCAGCCUUAGAGCUUCCUGAAAUCAAAAAGAAAAAUUUACUGCCAACCAAAGCAGAAAUAAUGACUUACAUUGAACAAUAUGAAAACGCUAGACUAAAAUAUGAAGAAUGCCGAAAAGACUUAUGUGACAUCCCUAAACAUACACUGCCUCCAUCUUAUUCACCUACGAUUUGGUUCACUUAUUUGUUUGGAAAACAAAUGAACACUCUAGAUACAGUAAAUCCUGUACACAACAUAGAUAAAUGUAUAUUUUUUACUCAGGAACACUGUGCUUUUGUUAUAUCUAAUUUUGUUAAAUGGAUAUUGAAGAAAGUGAUAUUGCCUAGUGAUGUAACCUCUUGGACGUUUUCAUUGUUUGCAGUCAUGGACUGUGAUCCGUCUGAAACUUUAUUAUCGGACAUGCGAAUACUUACUCAAUUUUUCAUAAACGCUCGAUCUAUAAUUGAAGACCAUUUGGAUGUGUCGGUAUUAAGGUACAGUUGUUUGAUAAAUAUAGUCGCUGAAAAGUUCAAACAACACGAUCUUGGAGACAUUAUUAACUAUAAAGAACAUUAUUCUGGCAAUAGCAAAAGCCAAAAGACUACAUAAAACCAUAAAUAAACAUAUUUUAGAAUUGAGCUAUUGUUUAAUUUAAUUGGAUUUUAUUAUUAUUAUUUUAUAUUUAAAUUUAAAACUUUAUUAUUUUAAACUGAGGCAAUUUAAUGCUAAAGGUAUGCUCAAGAAUAUUAUGUAUUAAUGUUCCUGGGGAUUAAAGAUACCUCGUUAAUUAUUGUUUGUAAACACAUACAUUUGAGUUUUAAAAUAUUUAAAAUUCUUAUUUGAUGACAAAAUGUUGUCUGGAAUCAUAAUUAUUAUAUUACUCAUUACAAAUAAAUGCCCACUUAAAACAAUAUAUAUAAAAAAGAAAUAAACAGAAUAAAAAGAUAUUAUUUACA